UUUAUCGCCACGACUGUAUCGCCGUCGCCAUCAUCGCCUUGCUAUGUAUUGCGCGCUCCUCCUCGUCCUCCCUCCAUCACAGCUCUCCUCUGCUCUGUCUCUCCCGUUUGCUUCCUCCGACAAAGCUCUCUCUUUCUCUCUCUGUUCGUGCUUCUCACAAUGGUGGCCUUAAGCUCUCCCGUAGCUGCCUCCCCCGCUGCAUUCCUGAAAGCUCUAAGCUUGAGUACAAACGGUCGUAGACAGUUUUAUGUGAGAGCGGGUGGGACAAGCGGCGGCGAUGGGAAGGCGAUGAUCACGAAGGAAAGGAAUGGAUGGAAGAUCGAUUUCUCCGGGGAGAAGCCGGCAACCCCUCUUCUGGAUACCAUCAACGACCCGAUUCACAUGAAGAAUCUCUCCACGGAGGAUUUAGAGCAGUUGGCAGCAGAGCUGAGAGCAGAGAUUGUGUUCUCGGUGUCCCAAACUGGUGGCCACUUGAGUGCGAGCUUAGGAGUGGUGGAGUUGGCUGUGGCUCUCCAUCAUGCGUUCAAUUCCCCUGAGGACAAGAUCAUUUGGGAUGUCGGCCAUCAGGCCUAUCCUCAUAAAAUAUUGACUGGAAGAAGGUCAAGAAUGCACACCAUCAGACAAACCUCAGGGCUUGCGGGAUUCCCCAAGAGAGAUGAGAGCAUCCAUGAUGCCUUUGGUGCUGGUCAUAGUUCCACGAGCAUCUCUGCGGGGCUUGGAAUGGCUGUCGCAAGAGAUCUGCUAGGGAAGAAGAAUCAUGUUGUGUCCGUGAUCGGUGAUGGAGCCAUGACUGCUGGGCAGGCGUAUGAGGCCAUGAACAAUGCUGGCUACUUGGACUCUAACCUUGUUAUCGUGUUGAAUGAUAACAAGCAAGUUUCCUUGCCGACUGCAACCCUUGACGGACCAGCCACUCCUGUUGGGGCACUCAGUAAGGCCCUCACCAAACUUCAGUCCAGCACAGAGUUCCGUAUGCUUCGUGAAGCAGCUAAGAAUCUCACAAAGCAGAUUGGUGAGCGAACACACGAGAUUGCUGCAAAAGUGGAUCAAUAUGCUCGAGGAAUGAUAAGCACUGAUGGGUCUUUGUUAUUCGAAGAGCUCGGUCUCUAUUAUAUUGGACCUGUAGAUGGGCACAAUGUAGAAGACUUGGUUACCAUCUUUGAGAAGGUGAAGUCUUUGCCUGCUCCAGGACCUGUCCUUAUCCAUAUUGUGACAGAGAAAGGAAAGGGGUAUCCCCCUGCUGAGGCGGCUGCUGACAAAAUGCAUGGUGUUGUGAAGUUCGACCCAAGAACUGGGAAACAAUUCAAGUCAACAUCAUCGACCCUUUCAUACACUCAGUACUUUGCCGAAUCUCUCAUUAAAGAAGCAGAGGCCGACGACAAGAUUGUGGCCAUUCAUGCUGCCAUGGGAAGUGGGACGGGGCUGAACUUGUUUCAACACAAGUUUCCUCAAAGAUGCUUUGAUGUGGGGAUUGCAGAGCAGCAUGCAGUCACCUUUGCAGCCGGUCUGGCCACCGAAGGCCUCAAGCCUUUCUGUGCCAUCUAUUCCUCGUUUCUGCAACGAGGAUAUGAUCAGGUGGUUCAUGAUGUGGAUUUACAGAAGAUACCUGUCCGUUUCGCUCUGGAUCGAGCUGGUCUUGUCGGAGCUGAUGGACCUACACACUGUGGAGCAUUUGACAUCACGUACAUGGCAUGUUUGCCCAACAUGAUUGUAAUGGCUCCAGCUGAUGAAGCUGAGCUAGUGCACAUGGUCGCAACAGCAGCAGCAAUCGACGACAGACCUAGCUGCUUCAGAUUCCCAAGGGGCAAUGGAGUUGGUGUGAUGCUUCCUCCGGGCAACAAAGGCACCCCUUUUGAGAUUGGGAAGGGAAGGGUUCUGAUGGAAGGAAACAGGGUGGCCAUUCUUGGAUAUGGUUCAAUAGUACAGACAUGCUUGAAGGCUGCAGACCCACUGAGAGCCCGUGGAGUUUUUGCCACCGUAGCUGAUGCUCGUUUCUGUAAGCCUCUGGAUGUGGGGCUCAUAAGAAGGCUGGUAAAUGAGCAUGAGAUCUUGAUCACAGUGGAGGAAGGCUCCAUUGGAGGUUUCGCAUCGCAUGUCACUCACUUCUUGAGCUUGAGUGGCCUCCUGGAUGGCCGCAUGAAGCUGAGGCCAAUGGUUCUACCAGACCGAUACAUCGACCAUGGAUCACCUCAGGAUCAGAUUGAAGCAGCUGGACUUUCUUCAGGACAUAUUGUAAGCACAGUGCUGAAUCUGUUAGGCAGGCAGAAGGAAGCAUUAUACCUCCAUUGAAGUUGGACGACUUUGGACGGGAACGUUACUAGAAGUGGAGUUGCUAUCUCCAACAUUGUCUGCAGACCAUUAUAGCUGGUUUUUUGCUUGUGUAUGUAAGGUUAGAUGUCAAAUACCUUUUCUUUUUGCCGUACUAAAGGCCUCUAUUGAACUUGCAACGAAAAAUGGAUCUGCUGAUUGUUUA